GUUUAAUCGAUUGUUCAUCACAUGCAGCAUACGAAUAUGAAAGGAGUAACGAAAAGUUGAUUAAACCGUCUCUCCGCAUAUGAGGCUCCCCCAUAUAAUUUAUUUUUUUGGACUAAAAUAUGUUUAAUUAGUUUAAUGGCAAAGAAAAAUGAUACAUUAUUUUGGUUUUUGCAGGAUGCUCCACUAUCAAACUGUGGGGGAGGUGGUACAUGUGGAACUUGUAUCGUAGAGGUGGUUGAAGGCAAGGAAUUUCUUUCUCCUCGCACAGAUAAAGAAAAGGAAAUACUUAAGAAGAAACCCAAGACUUGGAGAUUAGCAUGCCAGACUGCAGUUGGUAAACAUGACUCUAGAGGCCAACUUAUUAUUCAACAGUUACCCGAGUGGAAAGCGCACGAGUGGGAAUAGCCUACAAAUAUCAAAACUAAAAUUUUUAUGGUUUUGAUUCAUGGAAGCUAUCUUUAUUUUUGACUAAGUUUGGAGCUUGAAAGGAGAAUCAAGUUAGAGGCCAUCAAAGGAUAUGUGCAUUUUGUUUCUUGAAACUUAACUAUGUGCUCUUGGAAUAUGAGAUAUCAAAGUGCUAAUGUAGCAACAAAUUAAUACUGAUGUUCAAUCUUAAUUAGAGACAUUUAAACUAAA